AUGAGCACCGGUGGAGAGCCUAACAACCUUGGAUUCGACCAGAAUGGCCAAACGAACGGGUUGGGUUCGUUUAUGGAUCCAGUGAACCAAAUGGGUAUGGCACAAUCGCCUAAUCAGCCGAGUCCUGUGGAUCAUAUGGGCCAAUUAAACCAGCUGAAUAUGAAUCCGAUGAGCCAGAUGAACUCAAUAAGCCAGGGCAACCAGAUGGGCCAGAUGAGCCAGCUGAACCAAAUGAACCAGAUCAACCAUCUGGCUCCAGCAGGGGUUCAGAUGAACCUGAAUGCAAUAGGACAGAUAAACAAUCAGCACCAGCUGGGUCAGAUGGGCCAAAGGGGACAUGUGGGCCAAAUGAACCAGAUGAAUAAUGCGAGCCAGAUGGGGCACAUGGGUCAAGCAAGUCCACAGCAGCGUCAGCAAGGUUCUGAAGUCCGUGGCUGGAAUCCAGCCUACGUUCAGUCUCUUUUGAGGAAGAUACAACCGGGACCAGGUAUGACCAAGCAGCAGCGAUUCCAGCAAUUGUUAAGGAGUGGGGAGCUCACUAGAACUGACGUCCAGAUUCUCCAAAGACACCAACAGAUGCUAAGGCAGGCACAGGCUGUACGUCAGAAGCAAUUGCACCAGAGGGCCCUACAGCAACAGCAGCAACAGCAGCAGACUUCCUCCUACAGUGGAAAGUCCAUCCCUGGGAAAUCACUUCCUGGAAAGAAGGUUCCUGGGAAGUCUGUUCCUGGUAAAAGCCUGCCCGGAAAGUCUCUGCCCGGAAAAUCUCUUCCAGGAAAGUCUCUUCCAGGAAAGUCUCUGCCCGGAAAGUCUCUGCCAGGAAAGUCUCUGCCAGGAAAAACCGUAUCUGGUAAGACGGUUCCCGGGAAAUCACUUCCCGGAACAGGUACACCGGAGUUUUCUCCUUCCCUAUCACAUGCUUCUCUUGGAGGAAAAUCAUUGCCUGUCAAUUCAACCUCACAAAGAACAAGUGGCACAGAAACGCCAAUGCAGAUUUCUACCGGUAUGAGCCUGCCUGUGAAUAGUCCUCUUGCAGCAAAUUUAAUUUCAGCUUCUCCUCUGAAUAACAUCAAUUCCCCUGUCAAUCCAGCUGUUAAUCUUUCUGUUAACCAACCCGUGAAUAGUCCUGUUAAUCUCCCGUUGAAUCAGCAUAUUAAUCAACCUGUCAAUCGACCAGUUAAUCAACCUGUCAAUGAGCCUGUUAACAAGCCUGUUAAUCAAUCGGUUAAUCAAUAUAUGAGUCAGAUGUCCAAUGCUGCUUCUUUGGUUCAGCAACAGGCUGGAAUCCCCCAGGGGAAUCAAGUUAACGGUAGCGUAAAUCCCUCGCAAGCCCACUUAGAACAGCUCAAGCAACAGGAGCACCAAAAAAAGUUAUUGCAGCAAAGACAGCAGCAAAAAUACUUUAACUUGACUGCAGAGCAGUAUGACAAGUUGAAUGUACAACAGAAACAACUAUUGAAAUUGCAAUAUCUGCGAAGGAAAGCUAAAACACAGCGCUUUUAUGAGUCGGAUCAAGAGCUUUUGAAAAAGUAUGAAAACAGUCCUCCUUCCUUGGACUUUCACAUUCAUGAAGAGCACUAUAGAUUUGGCCAUAACGAGAACUUAAUACCAAAAAAUGAUCCUGCAAUAAAGGACUUCCUUACGUAUGUGGCAAAGAAAAAAAUACCUGAUGCACUGAUGGAAAUCAUAAAAGAUGGAAACAUACAGCUUUAUGAUGGGAACAUUAUUCUAAGGAUUUACGACCACCGAAUAGUUGAUGAUGCUUCUCUUUUGCCACCUAAAGAGCCAACCCCGGUGCCCUCUAGUGAAUCCAAAGAUCUUGGUGCCAUGGUUCCGAACAUCAAUCCUAGUGUUCCUGCUGCGAAUGAUAGCCUGGAGAACUCCUCUAAUCAAUCACCGGAUAAAAUAAACGCUAACGCUAGUACAACCAGUACCGAGAUACCCGAGAGCAAAAAUGAGAAGAAGGCUCCAAAAAGAUUCAAAGAGUAUAGAACAAUCUUACGGCUAACGCAAUCAGCAUUGUAUGAAGACUUCUGUUUAACUACCGAUACGCAAAUGUUUGGAGACUCUUUUGUCUUGACAUAUGAAAGUGAGAUAUUGACUGCUAUAACCAGAAGUGUCAAUUUGCAGCCAACUAACAACCCGUACCUGCAGGGUAGAUCGUUGUGGCCAACUUCGGAGAUGGUUUUUCCACAUUACGAUGAAAAGGAGGACAGGAUGAUUUUUACACACAGGCAGGAUAUGAGGGAAUUGGUGAAGUCCAAAUUGAAUCAUAAAAAGAGAGCUCUUACUUAUGAAAAUUACGAUUACAAGCCAUUACAUCAAGACGGCUCUCAAUCCAACUCUAAGUAUGAAAAGCUAAUGCUUAUCAUGGGUAAGUCUUCGCCUCAUAGUAAUAUAUCGGCAAGCAAACAAUCUGUGGAAGUUCCUAGAUUCGAGAGAUUGAGAUUUAUUGAAAACUUAAGACAUCAAAACUUGAUCAAGAAAGAGAAUAAUCUCAGAGGUGUUUCGAGUAUUCAAAGUCCUCCUGUUGGGUAUACAAGUUUUGGGUCAGUGAUGGGCAAUAUAAACAAUCAAAAAUCAUUUUCUUUUCAAGGCAAAAACGCUGAUAAUUCGACUAUGGCAGAUGGGGAGGUCAAAUCCGAAGAUAAUGGCGGAAACUCCACCUCUGCUGCUAAUUCCAAAGGAAAGGCUGGGAAAGCCAGCGCUGGUAAGAAUUCAACUCCUCGGAAGAAGAAUGAUAAGCCGAAGAAACCAAGAAAGCCUACAAAAAAGCAACUUGCAGCACAGGCGGCAGCCCAGGCAGCUACGGAAGGAAUCCCUGAUGGAACUUCAGCGACAUCGGCCUCAGAACCUCCGAAGAAGAAACGUGCUCCUGCAAAGAAAAAGAAUGCGGCAAACACUCCUGUUACUCCGGCCAAUUAG